CAUUCACUACCAGUCUGGCGCGUUUUUGAAAGAGCAACAUACGUCCAGAAACAUGUAUUUUGAAUCCCUGCUCGUAAUAAUUGGGAAAAUAUCCGUGUAACGUUUUUCACGUUGCGUUCAUUUACCCGUGGCUGACGUGGAAAAUGUUUGGACCACUUUUGGGACCCGUGAGGAGAGUUUGUUUGAGAGUAGCAUCUAGCGAAGUCUGCUGCUAGCUUGUUGUUUUGUUUAGUGAAAUUUAACGUUACAUAUCAGGUGGCAACAAACAGCUGUCUGCCUCACACAAUGAACUUCGCCGCCGUUGUUAAUUCACACGCACGGGGAAGUGAAUAAAGCGUGAACUCAGUCUCGGAAGUUACGGCAACUAAGUUUCUGGUUCAGCAUUAUUGGUCUCUUCAAAUUAUGGCUGGUGUUGUGGCUAUGGCAUCUGUCAUUGAGGACUUUGACACCCAGCCUUGCAAGAAAUCUCGCAAAGAUGGUGGCAGUCCCGUUGUCAAGACAAUCACAAACUAUUUCUCUCCUGUGCCCAAGCCCGUGGAGAAACCCUUUUCUCCUCCACGCUCCAACAACAUCAUGGACUACUUUAGCCGGAAAGGUCCGUCCCCUAAGGAAAAGACCAGCACACCAGAACAGUCGAAAGAGAACUGUCAGACGUCUCAGCUUCCAGAAACACACACCAGCCAGGAGGCAGCAGUGAAACAGCUAUCUCAGAAACGGAGUAGAAAGGCCAGCAGAGCUGCAAGGAAACUUGUGGAGGUUGAACCUGUUAGCUCCACAGAGGAGGCGAGCUGCCUGAUUGUAGAAGAACCACACGAUAACAGAGGCUCAGCAGCAGAUGCAGUCGGCAGCUGUGGUGUUCUUGGUAGUGAUACAGCAGCCCUGUUAGCUCAGCUUAGCACUGAGGCUUGUAUCACUGUGGGAAAAUCAGAGAGUAAUGCCACGGUCUGUGAUAAAGAGGCUGAAAAAGAUGACCAUCAUGAAGAUCGUUCCAAAAGUGUAAACAAUGUUAAAUUUAAACCAGAACUGAAUAGUAUUGAAUUAUCUCCAAUCGUACCUUCAAAAGAUAGAGUAAAACCAGUCAAAACUGUUGCACGAAAUUCUAGGAAGAGGCAGCAACAGAAGGAAAAGCACUCUGAACCAGAGGAGAAAGAAAAAGAGAGCUCUAUGUGUGAUGUUAGUAUGGAGGUCAAUGUGGAUGAGGCCUCGCAGUUAAACACCAGCACAGUCACCAUCUCCUUUGAGGAGUUUGUGCGGAGCCAGAGCAAGGGUGAAGAGGACAUAGAAGAUGAACAGGGCAAAGAAGAUGAAAGUAAAAUCCCAACAGAGGCGGAAGAAAUGGACGCUGACCAGUUGGAUAUCCCUAAAUCUGACGAAAAUGUAGCUUCUGUGGAGCUGCCUCUCCAAGUAUCACCCCGAACCCUCACCAUCCAGGCUGAAGUGCAUGUUGUCUCAUCCAACCAGGAAGCAGCCAAGGCGGUAGGGAAGUUGGCUUCUAUCUUCAACAAGAGAAAAGGGGCGUCGAGCCCUGCAGAGGUAGUAUCGUCUCCUCACAUGGAGGCUGGACACCAAGUUUCUUCCACUUCUCUGACUGUCAAGCGGAAAUCCAAUGUGGUUCUUCAAGAGGAAGAUCUAGAGCUGGCUGUGCUUGAGAGUGAAUCCAUGCCCAAGUGCAGUCAGGCAGAGAGGAAGCAGUUCAUGGCUGCUUUCAAACAGCCCAGCGUGGAUGGGUCCAAAACCAAGCCUGGUAAGAGCCAGGGCAAACAGAAGCAACCUGGAGAGAAGGUUUUGGAUGAUGCAGACAAAGUUACUGAAGAGGACACUGUUAUUCCACCCUCUGUUGAGGAAGUCCCUGUUACCUCUCAGGAAAACAAAGUAGCUAAAAAGAAACCAGCAAGAAAGGGCAGAAAGAAAGCUAUAGAAGAAAAGGAGGCAGUCACCACCACCACACCUGUUGCUGCUCCUGCAGAAGAAUCAGUGGCCACGAUUGUUGAUGAUAAAAGAGAGAAGUCCCCUAUGACCUCAACUGCGUCUGUCCCCACGGUGAGAAGGUCCAGAAGAGAGGCUGUAGUCAGGCAAGCACCUGAGGCCACCCCAGCAACUCCUAUCAGAAAAACCAGGAAUCAAAACAAGUCAAAGGAUGUUGCUGCUUUACCUAACGACAGCCCUGCAAAGAUGUCCACCCCAAAGAUACGCAAGUCCAAACACGGUGUCUUCGCAGCAGAGAUGGUGUGCCCACCCGACACAAAAGGAAGCCCUAUCAGGAUUAGAUUUACUAGACUCCAUAAAAAUGAUUCCAUGACCAAGGCUGAAGAUGGAAGUGACACAAAAACCACUUUGGCUACUAAAACAUCAAAUGAGUCUAAAAAAAGAAAGCAGGCGAAGAAGUUGGUGGAGAAAGCCAGAGUGAUUCAACAGAGCAAAAAAGCUGCUGUCGAGGAAAAGGGCAUUUUAAGGCGUUCCUCACGAGCUGAGGCCUCCACAAAGAAGAGCUACUGUGAAAAUGAGGAUUCUGUUAUCUGCCUGGAGGAGGACCAGUCCGCGUCUCCUCAGGUGGCACCAGAAAAGAGUAAAACCCAGAAGCCUUUACGCAGUCUAAUGGAUGUUCUGGGAAAACCCACACCUGUUGGCAAAGACACCAAGGCUGUCCCAGGCUCCAAAGUGGCCUCAAUGGGCCAAGAAAAGACUGCUCGGAAGGGGUCAGCUGUGAUUUCCAUAUUUGAUGAGAGCAGCCGCGAGGACUCUGAAAACUCCCAGGACGAUGAGCAGUUCAGGGCACGCAGAGAGUUCUUGAAGAGUGGCCUGCCUGAGUCCUUCAGGAAACAGAUGGCCAAGACUGCUGCCACCAAGGAGGCUUACUCUCUCUCCUGUUCCUCCUUUCAACCAGUAAUACACGUGAAGCAACCACCCAACGAUUGCCCUCUUUGGAGUCUACUGUGGCCCGAGUCUUCCUUACUUUGCCACCUGAAAGAACUUUGGUGCCGAAACUCCAACCCACUGCUGUCUGUUAGUGGCUCCCUUUGUGUGAGGACAGAACCAGCUCGUAGAGCCUUUUCUAAACGGGGUUCUGGCUGGAGGCCUGAGAUCUCUGAAAGUGUUCGUCAGCUUUUAAUGGAGGAGGUCGGCACCUCUAACCCUCCCUUUCCUGUUCAGAUGUUCAUCACUCGCUUUCUGAAGAGACGCACUGACCACCAGCAGCAGUGCACAGCCUCAGAACCAGAGGCUGUAACCAGAGUCACAAGCACCACACUGCCAGCUGAACCAGUAGGAGGAAAGAGGAAGAGGCAGGAUGAUGAAGGGGAAAUGACGGUGAAGGUGGCUAAGAAGCAACGGGCCAACUCUUCAGAAGAGAAAAGUUCCACAGCUAAGCCUGAGCAAACAAAAAGGAGAGGCCGGACGAGACGAGCUCAGAGAUCCAGGCAGGAGGAGGUGAAUGAGAAAGCCGAGGCUUCAGUCAGAACUGAAGAUGACUCUGUGGUUGUGCUUGAUGACUUGCCUUUGGCAGAGGACACUGGAAAACAAGUUUGUUUUACAGAUGUGGUGAAGGAGGACGUUUUAUGGACAGACAAAUAUCAGCCUCAGCACUCCAGUGACGUCAUAGGCAACAUUACUUCAGUGAAGAGGCUGCACAGCUGGCUAAAGGAAUGGAAACUCCGUGCAGACAGAGAUGAAAGAAAAAAACAGAAAGUCAAGAAACAAGAGGAAGGCAGCAAUGACUCAGACUGGGACUGCGCAGAAGACGACUCCCAGGAUGGAGAGGACAUGCUGUGUAAUACGAUGCUUAUCACGGGACCCACGGGCGUUGGAAAGACUGCUGCAGUCUAUGCUUGUGCCCAGGAGCUGGGCUUCAAGGUUUUUGAGGUGAAUGCUUCAUCUCAGCGGAGUGGCCGUCUAAUUCUGUCCCAGCUGAAGGAAGCCACUCAGUCACACCAGGUGGACAGUCAGGGGGUCAACGCCCACAAACCCACCUAUUUCAACAGUUACGGCACAAGCAGCAGUCUUGGCGCUGCCAGGCCUGGAUCCUCCCCCAGAAAGGUUAAUUCUCCUCGUAGGGUGGUUUCAUCUCCCAGGAAACAUCCCCAGUCCCCUAGAGGUGCUAAAAGAGGAGGCCUGGCUCCCACCUCUUUAGCCAACUUCUUCAAAAUGGGCCUACCCACCAACAAGGAGACACCUAACACCAAAAAGAAUGAACAAGCGGUUGCUUCCAAGAAAGUUAUAAAAGCAAAUGAGUGUGCCAAUAAGCAGAAAGACCCUGCAGUCAAAUCACCACCAGCUACCACCCCUAAAGAGAAAAACAAUGAAGAGCAGAGCAAGAAGACAGCCACCUCGCUUAUCCUGUUUGAAGAAGUGGAUGUUAUUUUUGAUGAUGACUCAGGGUUUCUGGCUGCCAUCAAGACUUUUAUGACCACUACCAAGAGGCCAGUCAUCCUAACUACCAGCGAUCCUGCUUUCAGCACCAUGUUUGAUGGCAACUUUGAAGAGAUCCUUUUCAAAACGCCCUCAGUGUUGGAUGUGGGCAGCUUCCUGCGGCUGUUGUGUCUGGCGGAAGACAUGAGGACAGAUUUAUGGGACGUCAGCUCUCUGCUGAGACUCACUGGCUGUGACAUCAGGCAGAGUUUACUGCAGCUGCAGUUCUGGACUCGCAGCGCAGGAGGCCGUAAUGUAACCAGGCCAUUGACGCACACUGGCAAAGCUUCUGAACUAAAGCCAGAGACCGAUGAAGAGGCAGCAGGCAUGUCUGAGUGUGCAGUGACUGUCGCGUCCACUCUCCCUCCCUGUGACAGCGGCUGCACUGAGAGCAUGCUGGGUCUGCUGAAUAUUGAACCUGAAAGAGACAUUUGGAAGCUGCUCAGGGGCCAGAGUCUGGUGCAGGAGGCGUUAUGCUGGGAGCUGCUGACAAACAGCAGGCGGCGAGGAGUGGACCUGCUCUAUUCCAACAUGGAGACUCUCUUACCUUUACCACGCACACAGUUGACUACCUCUACCUACAAACCUGAGCAAUCUGUUUCUGUAUCACAAGACCAUCCGUCUGUUAAUCCAAAUGAGCUGCCGUCCACCUGCCAGCAGCCAGCCCAUGCCAGGUUAUUGCACACAGCAGAGUCGGCAGAUUGCUCAGACGAUAGCAGUCCAGUUAAAAUGUCCAACAGAAUGAGGAAGAACAAGAAGCGGCACUGUCUACCUGACCAGGAUGGACCGCACUCUGACUCGGACUCAGAAGACGGUUUCCCAUCUCUCUGCAAGCCGCAGGGCGUUCUUCAGGCAAAGGAGGAAGUCAAAGAGAGAUUAGUUUCCGACACGGUGAAGAAGAAGCCACUGACCCCUGAGGAGCGGUUAAAAAGUCUUCCAGUCUCCCAGUGUCUAGAAUCAAUUGCUGACUUUUUAGACAACAUGUCCUACACGGACUCCUUGCUUGCUCAUCCCGUAGGAUGUGACAACCACAGAAGAAUGUCACUGGUUGGUGCAGUAGUGAAAGAUGGGAUGACAGAUGAGUUGCGGGCUGAGACUGCUAGAGGGAGCUGGGUGCGAGGAGAGCUCAUCUCAGAGGUCCCGGCUGCUGUGGAGGCCCUGAGCUUCCACAAGUGUCGGGUUUCAGUAGCGGAGGCUUGGGACAAAGCCCAACAACUAGAAGGGGAGCUGGGAAAGGAGGCCGCAGCCGAACUCAGCCUCCCUGUGGCCCCUCAUUGUGAAGUUUACAGUUUCACUCAGGACGGCCCCUGUCAACCACAGCUGGUCCAGCGGAGGACAGAAGUGAUGGAGAGUCUGAUGUUCAAAGGGAUGUUCGGUACUCCGGGUAACAAACCAGCAGCUGCUCUGGACUACCUGCCAGCCCUGCGCACUAUCUGCAGAUCAGAGCAGCUUAAGGAGCAGGGCAAGAUUAAACGAAGGUUCCUGCACUAUCUAGACGCGAUCCAACUGGGUCUUGAAAAGAGCACUCUACAGCACCUUGCCGAAGACUUCCCCUAAACCAUAGAGGAGAUCAGAGUUGUCCUCAUGAUCAGGAACCCUUUUAUGGUUCAUAGGUUUUGGUUAUGAAAUUGAUGAAGGAACACAUGUACAGGUUGUGUUGUGGCACAGGGAUGACUAAUUGGGCAACAACAUAAAUCAGUGUUGCCUUUUAUCUGUUGAUGGUCCUGACCGUGUCAUGAAAUGAGAUGGGUAGUUCGUCAGAGGUGUGUGCGCACAAAGAACUCUGGUGAUGCUUCCACAUAUUUCUUCUAAGAUGGAAAUGACUUAAUCACUGAACACAGAAACAAAGUCUUCUCACCUGAAGCUCGCAUAGCUAAAUAACCUCAGAUGUCGUCUGUUUUGGUGCUUUCAAAGCACUAAAGAUUACUACUUUAUGUUUUUUUGGUAAUAUUAAGCUGUACUGGUGUGUGUGUGUGUGUGUGUGUGUGUGUGUGUGUGUGUGUGUUUUUCUUCUUUUUUUUUUUUUUCCUCUGUACAGUAGUGUUUUAUAUAUCUUGAAGCAAAGUGUUUUUAUUGAGUAGAACUAGCUUUUGCAAGCAAGUUUCAAAUGAUUUGUAAGAGAUUGACAUGAAAAAUAGAAUUUGGUUGUGUGUUUGUAAAGUCUGUGUGUAAAUGUCUCCACUCAAAAGUACUGUUGUUGCAUUUCUGUUCCAAGUUCAUAAAACAGAACACUUCUGACAGAAA